AUGGUGAGCAAAGAGCCAAACCACCUGCUUAGAGCCCAAACCAAUGGCAAGAGCACCUUGGCAGACAAGCUACCUGGGACGAUGACUGUGCGCUCAGUACUGCUCAAUCGAGACUCCCCAGAUAUUGAGAGCCGCCUGAAGCGGCGUCGCAACCGUACCCACCAGGUCCGCUUCAAAGAUCUGGAGGAUGGCAGCAGCAGCAGUGGCAACAGUGGAACAGGAGAAAACAAUAGCCAUCAAAAGCCUGCCGCAGACUGUGACAGCCCACAUCCUCUUCGUAAACACAGCAGCAGAUCCCCACAGCCAUGGACCGACAGGGAUGGGCCACGGACUGGUGGCCUACCUGGCCAAACCUCUGUGGUUGGGGCUGUGCGUGGGGACAUGGCAAGUACUAUAGAAGUGGUGGCUGCUUUUUUAGCCAGGGCCCCUCCUCAUCCACUGACGCCGGGCCCUACACGUCGAUGCUGGGCACCACCACAGACUAACUCAUUAACCUUGCCAAUGACUCGCAGGUCCAGUACAAGCACCAGCACAGCCAUCCAGACCUCCCCAUGCCUGAAAAAGCCACAGUCCCUCUCUUCCACCAACACACGUAGCCACAGCCUCGGGGACUCGGUUGGCGUAGAUGGGGAUGACGAACAUGACUCUCAAGAUGAGUAUCAUACGCACAACCAUGUGCCUGGGUCCAGAGACCUGAAUGGUCCUCCUGGGCCUGGUGAUAGAACUGUUGUGGAACGGAGGUCUAAAGCCUCCAGGACAGACAUUAAAUCAGCUGUUAGUGUGGUUAAAAACUCAAGGCACAGCUGUCCCCCUUCAGUCUUUCAUAGCACUGAGCCAUGUCACUGUUCCUCUGUGUCCCUCCGCGAUGGCCCAAAGCGGCAAGGAAGCAGCACUCCGUCAGUGGUCAGGAGGAGAAAGCGGCUAAAUCGGACAACGAGUGAUCCUGGAAAGGAGGUGCACUUCUGUACCAUUCCCACUCAGACUGAAAGCCCUACUCCAUCUCUGUCUCUUUCAAAUACCAAACUCUGCACCACUCAAGUUCAAACUGAGAGCCCUCCCUCACCUCAAAAAUCAAAGUAUUCCACGGCCCAAAGUCAAACUGACAGUCACCACAAGUCUCUACCUUUGAGUGACAAACAAUGCACAAACCAAAAUCAAAUUAGUAACACUUGUCUGGCCCUACCUGCCAAUGUUGAGCUGUGUACCACUCAAAUACAAACAGACUCUCCCCGUCACUCUAUUGAAAAUAAUCAACCCUCCACUACCCAGACACAAACUCACAGCCCUCCUACAUCCCCUCCUCCGACAGUAUCACCCAGCUCAGUGCAAAUUCUAUCUGAGAGUCUUGUAUCCCCAACUGUGACUCAAGACCCUCCCACAACCCAAAUAACUACUGUGCCUUACUCUACCUCUCCCCCACCUCCAAGUGCACCAACACAGACUCCUGAACACCAGGCCAUGCCACCAUGCUCCCCUCCAGCCAAGCCAGUUUGCACGACCCCAUCUCUGCCCAUAGCACUGUCCAUUCCUCACUCCACUUCCAACCCGACUAUUAUUCAAAACCCAAUCCCCUAUCAUACAGUCGUGUCAACACCAACAACCCCUAGCACUCCUGUUGUAAGCUCCAGUCCUUCCUCAACUGCUCCACCAUGCCCCCCUCAAAAGUGCACCUCUCCUGUCCCAAUAGUAUCAGCUGCUUCCUUAACCUGCUCCACCCUUACCCCAAGUACAACCCAGAACAGUACUCCCUUUGACCCUACCAGACAUCUAACCACUGCUCCAAACUUAACACAUCAAGCACCACACAAUUCAUCAAACACAACAACCCCUGCUAAUUUAACACCCUGUACAUUUGUAACCCAAACUGCUAUGUCUUGCACCUCCAUAUCAUAUUACACUACCACACAUCCAGGUGGUCCUCAUGCCCCUCACCCAAAUUCUACAUCACCUUCUUAUGCGACUCUCAUACAAACUGUAUCUCAUUGCAAUAUACCAUGUCAAGCUCUGCAAAAUGCUUCCUCAGUCAACACAGGCAUAACCCCCUACUCUUCUCCCAUGCCCAACCUAAAAUCGUGCACUUCUCCACCUCCACUUGUAAAAACAUAUGCAUCCACUCUUCCAAAUGCACAACCAUGUGCAACACCAACUAAAGCUGUUCCUCUGUACUCUUCCACAUUUCGUGCUGCACCACCGUACACCCCCCCCUCUCAGGCCCCCAACAAUGCUCAGGAUAAAAGGGGCAUUCGACUUCCCCCUCCUCCCCCACCACCUCCACCCUACACGCCUCGUAAAAAGGGAAAUGAUCCACCAGGUCCUGGUAUCCGAACACCCAUGCUCAGGGCAGACAGCAAGGCCAAUGUGAAAGAUAAAGACAGUGGGAAGGAGAAAAAGGAGGAUAAAAAAUCUCUCUGA